UGACUACAAUAAGUAACAACGACGUAGGUACGAACGAUUAUAAACUACCGAGUACCGACAGCAGUACUAAAACUGCAAUCAAAUCAUGCACAUUCACUUGAGCGUAGUUAAUAUCGUAUUAGGCUCCAUUCAUUGUUGUUGUUCGUACAAAUCGGCGUUUAUGCUAAAUGUUAAAUGAAGUAAUAGAUUUUCAGGUGCUUACAUAAUAUUUAUUCAUUAUACAUUGACUUGUAAAUAAAAACUCGCAAGUGCGUAUUUACUUAAAUUGUUUGCGUUAUAUAUUGUUUCAUCAAAUUUGGAGACUUGAAUGCAUCUUUAAAGGACGAAAUAAGCUGAAAAGUUAAUUAUGGAAAUCUGUGGUGUAAUUGAUAUAAAAGUACCAGCUAAAGGUAGAAAAUUCGGUUCAUGGAAGGCAUGGAAAAGCCAAUGGUGCGAGGUACUCAAAAACGAAAAUCGUAUGAUCAUCAACAUUGGACAUAGUAAGGGAAAUGUCACAUCGUGUUUAGCAGUACCUAACAAUGCAAUCACCUACAGAAUUAAAUCCAGGACUAAAGCCUACGGUUUUGGAAUAUUUUAUGCAGGACAAAAGGAACAACAACCAUGUAUCUUUCUUGCUGGAAAAUCAGAAACAGAGUCACAGAAAUGGAUGAAAUCUAUAAGAGAUGUUUUAAAACCACCAACACAUACAAAGACAGCAAACGAGUAUACUGUAUCGAUAAUUGACAACGAACAUUCUAAAGCAGCUGGGUUGACCGGCCUUUAUGGUACUUUAUCUGUAAAAUCAGAAGAAAUAUUGGUAACAGAUCCUCACACUGGAAAAAUCAAAGUAACACUUCAUUGGACACAAAUACAAUGUAGUUACUUACCUUUGCCGGCUGUAUCAGAUGAUUUACAUAGGGUUUGCACAAUACGUACAAACAGCAAGUUCAAAGCGGGUGAUGGUGAUUUGGAACUAUACUGUACCGAAGCGGACGAGUUGCACAACGAGUUGCUUUCGUGUCCGCGACCGUUGCCCAGAAUUGCCACUACCCCGUUGCCACCGACGCCCAAAGACAGACAUACGCGGUAUGACCAUUGGACCGCGGUCGAUUCGCCUUCGACCACGCCGCCUCGGCGUCUACUGGAGUCCAGAAGAAUGAGUAGGAGCGAAGGCGAUCUUAAGAAGUUCGCAAUGCAACAAUCUGCGCCCACGCUGAGGACGGCCGGCUCACAACAACACCUUGUACUCGUGCCCCGAUGCAACGAUUUGGGGCAAAAGAGUUCGUCGCAUUUCCUAUUGACUAGCGUCGGAUUGUUGUUGGCCACACCCGGAUACAGUGAGCCUAACUCGAUGCAAGAUUUAAGACAGAUCGAUCAACACCUGCUCAGUAAACGAUUACAAGGCAUAGUGGACGAAGAAAGUUUAGAUGCCGAAGGGAAAAGCGAAGAAGACGAGGAUUACGAAGAUAUGUUGCAUACGAAUAUCGAACAGACAAACGAUGUACCACCACCAUUACCACCGAGACAACUGAAAUAUGUCACCAUGGCCAACCUGGGAGGAAAUAACAAAUUAUAUAUUUCUGGACCAGUACCUAUAUGAUAUACCUAUCUAAAUAUAUUUAUAUAUAGAUAGAUAGUACACUACUUAUGUAUAUAAAUAAAAAUGAAAAAUAUAUUAUAUAAUACGUAUAAUAAACAAGUUUAUAAAUCACAAGAAAUAUUUUACGGACACCAUCGUCGAUGGACCGUUUGACGAUAAAUCCAAACAAUGUGGUUGAACAUUCGAACAUUUCUUAUUCAGAUCUACCUACUUAUCAUACUGUGUGGCCAGAGCUUUUUGAGCGAGUUACCGUCGGACGUCGAUUGAAAAUAAUUUGGGUGAUACGAAUACGAGACGCAUAAUGCGUACACUGAAUGUCACAACUAGACAGAGUAUAUAUACAAACUGUUUCGUAUACAAACAUGAUAUUGUUAUAGUUAUUAAUUAAGUACAUUCAUAUCUACACACAUAUUGUUAACCUUAAGAUCCUGUGUAGAAUAAUAUUGUUUGAUUGUAAUAAUUUGUUUCGAGAAAAACUAGUUGCGUUCCUGGUAACAAUUCUUUUCGAUACUAUAGGCGUUUUCUCCCAACUACUAUAAAAAAUAUUUCCCCAUACUUAAGUUAUUUUUUCCUUAGAAAAAAUAAUAAUUUAUGUAUAGUAUAAAAAUAAUAAUAAUCUGUUUCACUUAUAUUAAAAUUAAAACCAAAAAUAUUAUUAAUUAUUAUUCAAAACUAAACUAAUUCAGUAAUUAAAAUAUUUGAGUUUAUUGAUAAUUUGUUUUGUCUUACCUGGUUUUUCAUCAAUAAUAUUUUCGCAUGUGAUUGCAUUAACGCCAAGUGGCGUAGAAUUUAACUUAGUAACCCUGGGACCUAUAAGAGGUGGAGUACCUUUAAACACAGAAGUUAAAUUGUUAAAUAAUGAUUCUUAGAAUUUUUUAUUGAGUGAAAAUAUGAAAAUGUAUUGGAAAUAAAUAAUAAUCAAAUAAUUAAUUCGUUAAUUAAUAUUUAUUUUGUUUAGUGUGCAUAAAAUUGUAAAUAAUUUUAAUACCAUUUCAAUGAGUUGGAAUUAUUUCAAUUUCAUAAUAAUAAAAUACUAUAAACAUUCACUGUACUAUUAACAGUCAUUUAAAAAUAAUUUUCAAAUAGAUUAAUGAUUUAACAUGUAUAUAGUUAUCAA